ACCGCCGCAACCACCGGCGGGGCAUUAGCUCUUCGCCAGAGCGGAGUAGUGUGGUCUGGUCGGACUGGUUUAUUCGUUUAGUAAAUCUCAGACUCUUUGCUUUGGCUCUCCUCGCCCAGCUCCGGCCAGGUUCGCUUUGAAGUUUCGCCGUGGCGGAGGGACAGGGAUGAUGCAUGUUCGCAUCGCGGUGAUUGGGAGAGAGCACGGGGGCAAUGAUGUGAGUGAUUAUAUUUUGAUUGCAUUGCUCACUGUGGUUGGUUGUACGGGGACGGCAUUGCUCACUUAGUACAAUAACCGGCACGUCGUCUGCCAGUCUGCUGAAACAGUAAUUUUUUGUGUGCCGUGUUCUUCGUUUGUUGUCGUUUGUUUUGUUCCCUCUCUCUAUCGCUAUCUUCGCCUCCAGUUUGGCCGAUGCCGCCGAAGUCUCUGCCGCUACUACCGCGCACUCCCCACGAGGCACGGCACCCUCCAUCAUCCUGGUCACUCCCCGCCGCACCGCUCACGUAUUCGCAUUCAGCUUUUGAUGGUAAUUUGCCAGGCCGGGGGAAACCUCAGUGAGAGUGCUUUUACAUUCAGUGUCGUCGCUGAAGCUUAUAACGAGCGUAGUUCUUGUGCAGAGUUUAUUGCCGACAGUUCGCGCGAUCUUGUUUGCCGUCGCUAUCCAAUCGCAAAUCGCCUCUGCCUUUCCUAUGCCGUUGCCGUUGCCUCCUCGGACGUCAUGUCGUAUCGCCAUUACACCACCAUAGGUUACUUAGUUCCUCCGACGGUUAAACCAGUGUCCUCCAGUGUCCGUCAUGCACUGCAUUUUAUUUAGGAUGUCGAAACUGAAAUAAUUAAAAGCAUUAAUUAUAAUUAUUAAGUGCAUUAAAAAUAUAUUUAGUUUGGCGCAAUAAAUCGCAGAAAAGUAAAUCACCUAGAACAGUUUCGCCUGGCCGGGUCACUUAACGGAUAAUAUACGGACCCGUUGGCAAAUAUGUAACACGGUGAUGUGUUGACCCAGUACAACCCAGUACAUCGCUCAAUAAUGCCCAGACCCUCGCGAGAAUCCUACGGCGAACAGAAGCCCCCCUACUCGUACAUUUCACUGACGGCCAUGGCCAUUUGGAGUUCGCCGGAGAAGAUGCUACCGCUGAGCGACAUCUACAAGUUUAUUACGGAUAGGUUUCCGUACUAUCGCAAGAACACCCAGCGCUGGCAGAACUCGCUCCGGCACAAUCUCAGCUUCAACGACUGCUUCAUCAAGGUGCCGCGUCGGCCGGACAGGCCCGGAAAAGGCGCCUACUGGGCUCUGCAUCCGCAGGCCUUUGAUAUGUUCGAAAACGGUAGUCUGCUCCGCCGGCGGAAGCGCUUUAAGCUCCACAAGAACGACAAGGAUCUGCUGAACGAGGAGCUUACCGCCCUGGCGAAUCUCAAUCGGUUCUUUUUCACCACCCGGAAUGGAGGUAGUGGAGCGCACAUGGCACCGCUAGACAUGAACGCCGGAGCCAUGCGGCUGGAUCCGAUGCCCAGGACGCCGAAUCACAUGCCAAACUCUCUGGGCAUGCCCCAUGUCAUCCCAGGAUCCAUUUCCAGUGCGGAUCACACGAACCUGUCUGACAUGGGACUGACCAGUCUGCCCUCGCUAACUAGCUCGGAUAUUGAGCUGCGACCAAAGCGAUCCUUUACGAUAGAGAGUCUGAUUACGCCGGACAAGCCGGAACAUCACUCCGAGGACGAGGACGACGAGGAUGAUCGCGUGGACAUCGACGUUGUGGAGUGCGGAGGCGGCGGCGGUAGCGCUGGUAGUAUCUCUCGGUAUCCUGGCACGCCCGCCGCCUCGGAGGAGUACAUGUCCGCCAGCCGAUCCAGCCGCACUGAGGAUCCCCUGCCACCGCUGCAUACGAUCAACGCCGGAGCGCACGUGCCCUUCCUGCACUAUGCCACCGGCGGAGCUAAUGUGGCCGGACUCCAGGCGGCGGGGCUUCCGGGCUCCAGUGCCAGUGCCACCUACGAGCUGGCUAUCUCGCAUCCGCUGUUUAUGAUGACAGCGCCCAUUGCCAACAUGCACAAUAUCUACUACAACAACGUCACAUUAGUGGCUCCGGCGCAACAGUAUCGGGCACCCGAGGUCCAGAAUAGAAUAGACAACGAUAUGCGUACGAUAUAGUAUUAGAUAAGCCGUUUGAAGCCAACAAACAGCAACCACAACAAUUAUGUAUAGCAUUAUUUAUGAAACGAUAUAUGUAUAUCCAUCCAAACGUAGUUCCUUUUGAAUUAAGGUUAAUUGUAAUAGGACCAAAACAUAUGGCACACCUAGGUGUUAGAAGGCAUGUAAAUAAAGCUUGUUAUACAAAUUUUAAUA